AUGCAUCCUGUAGUAUUUUAUUUACUUUCAGUAGCAGCACUCUCUAUAUCUACUGGAAUUGGGUUAUUUGUUGUUAAUUAGCAAUAUAGCAGAUAAAAUAUCUACCCUUAAGUAAGCAAAGCCCAAUGCGAUCAUAGAAAUUAUAAAAUAUUUACAUUACCAAACUAAAUUCAUGUUAUGGUUAUAACAUCCAAUAGAACUGAGCUUAGUGCUGUUGCAUUGAAAGAAGAAACUGGUUAUAUGAAUGAUCCCAAAGAUUUUUAGGGAAUGAGUAAUUACAUCUAAUAAUUGUUGUAAACCUCUUAAAAAUAUCCAUAAGCUGAUCUAUUGAGAAAGAUUAUCAUGUUAAACGCAGGAAAAUAAACAAGAAUUAUCAAUGAACACGAAAGCAUUUAUUAUGCGCAAGUUUAGAAUGAUGCGUUUUUCUCACUUUUAGAUGUGAUCUCUAGAUUAUUCAUUGAUCCACUAUUCACUAAACAGUAAAUGGAUAGAGUGCUAUAGAAUCUUCAUGCUUAAUGGAAGAGUAUGGAAUUAUUUGAUUAUUCAUAAUAAUUAAUUUCCAAAAGCAGACAUCCAUACAGUUAAUUUUACACAGGGAAUUUAAAGACUCUAUUUGAAAUUCCUGAGGAUGAAGGAAAAAACCCUUAUAUUGAGGCUAAGAAAUUUUAUCGAUCCAAAUAUUCAGCCAAUAGAUUAUCCAUUGUGAUUUACACCAAUGAAGAACUGAAAAAGAGAGUCACUGAAUUAUUAUUUGAGUAUUUCAAUGGAUGUGUUGAUAAAUAAUUACAAAAAAUUACAUAUAAAUAGUUUGGAUUGCCUUUGAAGAACUAAAGGUUUUUUUAUAUUCAAAGCAAAGUCAAAGAGUUGAGGAUUGAGUUUGAUUUUGAUAUUGAAAAUAACCAUUUAACAAAAUCAUUGGAGUUUGUAAUCCUCAUGCUCAUGAAACAAUUUGAAAAAAACUUUUGUGAUGAAAUGUUUGAAAAGAAACUAGCCUUUAAAUGCUAUUAUACAUUAAAGGAAAUACCUAAGGAAUUUGCAAUAUUCAAAAUAUUUCUUCAUCUACCAAAGCAAACCAAGAUUGAUGAGAUUCUCACUUCCUUAUACAAGAGAAUCAAUUACUUAAAGCAAUAAGAUAACUUAGAAGAAUAUUGGGAUCAUCUACUUUUGAUGCAAGAAAUUAAUUUUUAAUAUUCUAAUUAUGAUAUUGAGAAUAUCAUAUAAUUAUCAUCUAAUUUAAAGCAAUACUUUUCAAAGGAUAUUUUAUAAAAUAAAUUACUUAAGAAAUAUGACAAGGCUGCCAUAUCUCAUGUUUUAUAAUAGAUGGAACCAUAAAAUAUGACUGUAAUAUUGUUGGACAAUUUCUAUGAUUCUUAUUAAGCUGACAUGGGAUUCAUGAAAUUUGGAAACUCGUUUGUAGAACAAUCGCACUGUGUAGAAGAAAAGAAAAAAGUAUUCAAAGGCAGAGUCAAAAAAAGAUAUAGAGUCUAUGAAGAUGAAAUAAGUGAUCCAAUUAUUGAUAGAGAUCACCCAAUUGACUUAUCAGAAGAAGAAGAAUUCAUUGUUGAACCAGAUGAUGUCAUCUAAACAGAAUAAGAUUAUGAUAUUGAUAAGGGAUAUUCAAUACCAGAAAUCGAGAAUUUCUCUUAUCACCAACUUUUUGGAUUGCGUUCUUUUGAAGCUGGAAUAUCAGCUAAUACAGUUCAAAAGCUUAUAGCUAUCAAGGAUACAGAGCUAAAAAUAGUUGAUGAUUCUCAUAUCCCAACAAUAUUUGAAUUGCUACCUUAAUCUCCUGAUAGUUAAAGUGUAAAGAAAAAAAAGAAAAAUUUUAAAUAUCCUGAGUUAUUGAUAACUACUUAAGCAGGAAAUUUAUGGCAUAUUUAAGAUACAACAAAUGGUGUUCCCAAAGUGCAAUUUAGGGUUUUAGCUAGAUUUUUAGAUUUUGAAAGUCUAGGUGAAAACUUCAUAGCAAAAGAGAUUGUUAAAUUGAAUUUCAAGAUUCCUUAAGGAUUUCAUGUUGCUUCUUUUUAAAUAGAUAUUGGUGUUGGAUAAAUUGAAAUUAUCGUUUAAUGUUUCACUUAAUAAAUAGAAGAAAUUGCUAAGCAAGUCAUGAAAAAUUAUUAAGAAGCUUUCACUAUUAAUAAGGAUGACUUUUAAUGGUAUUUGGAGAACUUGGAAUAUUAAGAUAGAUAUUGGGAGAAGAAUACUACAACUAUUGAGAAAGCCUUGUUUUAUGCUAAAUAAAUUUUAACUAAUUCAUAAGAAUUUUAAUAACAUAAAUAUGAUGUUAAAUUUGAGAAAAUACAAGAAACCCUAAAGAAAUUAUGGGAAAAUUAGCGAUUUGAUAUCCUGCUUUAUGGGAACAUAGAUACUGAUUAUUCAAAAUAAUUGUUUGAAUCAAUUAUGCCAAAAGUAUAGAGCAAGAGCAAAUCAUUUUUUACUGAAGAAACAUAUAAAUUAUCAAAAAGGGCUAUUACAUAUAGGUUAGCUAAGUUAAAAUCUGAGAGCAUAGUCACUUUGAAUCUUUAUUAGGGAUCUGAUCCAAGUUUAGUAUAAUAUGUGUAUAUGAGACUAUUGUAAAGACUUAUGAAAUUUCAUAUUGAAGAUUAUCUAUUUAAUUAAUUGUAAUUAGGAUUUGCAGUGGAUGUUUCUUUGAUAUAAGUGAACCACAUUGAUUCCAUUGUUAUAAUAGUUCAAAGCAAUUCUUACGAUCCAGAAGAAAUAGACUUUUAUAUUGAGGAGUCAUUGGGAUAUUUUGAAUCCUUUUUGAAUAGACUUCCUGACAAGGAUUUUGAUGGCAUCAAGUAGGCAAUCCAAAAGCAAUUGCAGUAGGUUCCUAAUACAUUAGAGCAAUAGGCUGAGAUUAUCUGGAAUUCAAUUAGAGAUGGUUCAUAUUAUUUUACUUAGAGAGAAUGCACAAUUUUGGCUUUGGAAAAGAUAUCAAAAUCUGAUCUAAUGAAAUAUUUUUUGAUUUUCUUCAAGGCUAGAAAUUCGAAAUUGUCUUUGUAACUUUUUAAAGAAGGUGCAUCAAUUCCAAUGGAAGUUUUAAGAGAAUAGGACACAUUUGCUUAGAAAACAUCAGAUUUAAUUUUGAAUUAGGAAUAAUUUCAAUAGGCAAUAAAGGAGACUUACAAGUUCAAACCAAAGUAUAUAGAAUAAGCACCUUAGCAUGUAUGUUGA